UUCAAAGAUGUCUAAAAGACUUGCACUUCUACAACAUCUUCUCCUUGCCAUCCUCUCCGUUUCUUCGACGGAGUCUCGUCGAACACCGUUUGCAUGCGACCCGAGAAAUGCGUCGACGAGGAGUUUGCAGUUCUGCCGGACGAAUUUGCCGAUUCACGUGAGGGUUAGGGACUUGCUGGGGAGGUUGACGUUGCAAGAGAAGACCAGGUUGUUGGUUAACAAUGCGAUAGCCGUGCCGAGGCUCGGGAUUAAGGGGUACGAGUGGUGGUCCGAGGCUCUCCACGGGGUGUCCAACGUCGGUCCGGGGACCAAGUUCGGCGGUUCGUUCCCGGGUGCCACUAGUUUCCCUCAAGUCAUCACCACCGCAGCCUCGUUCAACGAAUCGUUGUGGGAGAAAAUCGGACGGGUGGUUUCAGAUGAAGCAAGAGCCAUGUACAAUGGAGGAAUGGCUGGUUUGACAUAUUGGAGUCCUAACGUGAACAUAUUCCGUGACCCGCGAUGGGGUCGAGGCCAAGAAACUCCCGGCGAAGACCCGGUUCUCGCAGGUAAAUAUGCCGCCAACUAUGUCCGGGGCCUCCAAAUCGCUGUCGGGAACCGCCUAAAAGUCGCCGCCUGCUGCAAACACUACACUGCUUACGAUCUUGAUAAUUGGAAGGGCGUGGACCGAUACCAUUUCAAUGCCAGGGUUAGUAAACAAGACCUGGUGGAUACAUAUGAUGUGCCAUUCAAAGCUUGUGUGGUGGAAGGGAAAGUUGCUAGUGUGAUGUGUUCUUACAAUCAAGUGAAUGGCAAGCCGACUUGUGCCGAUCCGGACCUACUCAAGGGCACGAUUCGAGGCCAAUGGCAUCUCAAUGGGUAUAUUGUAUCAGAUUGUGAUUCAGUUGGUGUAAUGUAUGACACUCAGCAUUUCACUGCUACACCAGAAGAGGCUGCUGCAGCUACCAUCAAAGCAGGUUUGGAUUUGGAUUGCGGACCAUUUUUGGCAGUCUAUACGGACCAGGCAAUAAGGAGGGGCUUGUUAGCCGAGGCUGAUGUUGACAUGGCUCUAGCCAACACCAUGACGGUCCAAAUGAGGCUCGGCAUGUUUGACGGCGAGCCAUCGGCUCAACCGUACGGACGCUUGGGUCCGAAACAUGUGUGCACGCCAGCUCAUAAACAACUUGCUCUCGAGGCUGCUAGACAGGGCAUAGUUUUGCUAAAGAACUCCGGGCCUUUGCCGUUGUCCACUUCGCAUCAUCAUCGGACCAUUGCGGUUAUCGGACCCAAUUCAGAUGUCACUGAAACAAUGAUAGGAAACUAUGCAGGAGUGGCAUGCGGUUACACGAGUCCCUUGCAAGGUAUUUCGAGAUAUGCGAGGACUAUUCAUCAGGCAGGCUGUUCAAACGUUGCUUGUACUGCAAACAAUCUGUUUGGAGCUGCGGAAGCUGCUGCUCGCCAGGCCGAUGCAACGGUGCUUGUGAUGGGGCUCGACCAAUCAAUGGAAGCGGAAUUUAGGGACAGGGAAGGGCUGCUCUUGCCAGGACACCAGCAAGAGUUGGUUUCCAGGGUGGCUCGAGCCUCCAGGGGACCUACAGUUUUGGUUUUGAUGUCAGGUGGCCCAAUCGACGUCUCGUUCGCCAAGAACGAUCGUCGAAUAAGCGCCAUUUUAUGGGCUGGUUAUCCGGGUCAAGCUGGAGGAGCAGCAAUUGCAGAUGUUUUAUUUGGAACAACAAAUCCAGGGGGAAAGCUGCCGAUGACAUGGUAUCCGCAAUCAUACAUAGCUAAAGUGCCGAUGAUGAACAUGGGAAUGCGGCCAUCCGGUGGCUAUCCUGGAAGAACCUAUCGGUUCUACAAAGGACCGGUCGUGUUUCCGUUCGGUCACGGCCUGAGCUAUACACACUUUAAACAAUCUUUAGCCUUUUCUCCAACUGAUCUCCCAGUGCUUAUUAACACCAAUCUCUUUGCCGCCAAAAACUACUCAACAUUAUCAACCAAUGCCAUCAGGGUGAAACAUGCCAAAUGUGACUCACUCUCAUUACCUCUCCACAUCGACGUCGAAAACACCGGCGAUAUGGACGGAACUCACACUUUGCUCGUUUUCUCCGAGCCACCCGCCACCAUAAAAUGGUCCCCGGACAAGCAAUUGAUAGGUUUUCGUAGAGUUCACGUAACCGCCGGAUCGAUACAACGAGUCCAUAUCGACAUUCAUGCAUGCGAGCACCUUAGCAUCGUCGAUGAAUUCGGGAUUCGAAGGAUUCCGAUGGGUGCACAUAGUUUACAUAUUGGAGAUCUGAAGCAUUCUAUUUCUCUCCAAGCAAAAUUGGAGGGCAUUAAGAACUAGAUAACUUUAGGAUAUUGUAGGGCACCAUAGCCAUAAACUAAGGCAUACUGUGAGAGUUCCACUGCAUUUCCGAAGGGGGAAAAAGUGGUCAAAAUUGUAGUU